UGUGAAGCUGAUUGUGUAAACUUGUGUUUUGUGUUGUGCGUGAUUAUUUUAGGUGUAAUUCCAGUUAUUAGUGGAUUUCGAAACUAAAAAUAAAUUUGAUCUAAAAUGGGAAAGGAUUAUUAUAACAUAUUAGGACUGGCAAAAGGUGCCUCAGACGAUGAGAUCAAAAAGGCGUAUCGUAAGCUAGCUCUGAAAUACCAUCCUGACAAGAACAAAACGGCCGGAGCAGAAGAAAGGUUCAAGGAAGUUGCCGAAGCUUAUGAAGUCUUAUCAGAUAAGAAGAAGCGGGAGAUUUAUGACGCAUAUGGAGAGGAUGGAUUGAAGGGCGGAAAUGGAACUACUGGGCCAGGAGGUGGCCAGAACUUCUCCUACACCUUCCACGGAGAUCCAAAAGCGACUUUCGCUCAAUUCUUUGGCUCGGCAAGUCCAUUCCAAGCAUUCUUUGAUCUCAAUGGAGGUGGUGGUAACACAAUGUUCUUCGAUCGAGAAAUGGAUGUUGACUUGGAUCCAUUCGCUAGCAUGGGUAUGGGAACGACGCGACAGGGCGGACCAGGGGGCGCUUUCAGGAGUCACAGUUUUAACUUCCAUGGUUCACCUAACAGGAAAGAGAAAUCCCAGGAUCCACCAAUUGAACAUGACCUCUAUGUAUCACUUGAAGACAUAGCCAAGGGUUGUGUUAAAAAGAUGAAGAUAUCUCGACGUGUCAUUCAGCCUGAUGGUACAUCUAAGAAAGAGGACAAAGUUCUGACAAUUCAUGUGAAGCCUGGCUGGAAAGCUGGCACAAAGAUAACUUUCCAGAAAGAAGGGGACCAGGGUCGAAACAAAAUACCUGCUGACAUAGUGUUCAUUAUCAGAGACAAACCAAACCCAUUAUUUAAGAGGGAGGGCAGUGAUAUUAGAUAUACAGCCAAAAUCUCACUAAAACAGGCUCUCUGUGGUACAGUACUAACAAUCCCAACCAUGUCUGGAGAAAAGAUAACAGUAAAUCUUCAAGGAGAGAUAGUGAAGCCAUACACUGUGAAGCGAUUCCCUGGUUACGGACUACCAUUCCCAAAAGAACCAACAAGGAAAGGAGAUCUGUUAGUGGCAUUUGACAUUAAGUUCCCUGAUAAAUUAAGCUCGGGUGCAAAAGAAGUAUUAACGGAUGUUUUACCAAAUUAAUAGUAGCAAAUCUCAUUAGGCACUUGUGAUCUUUUUACUUGAAAUUAACAGACAGUGUCUGUUUAGCUCAAUUCUGUAAGUUUCAAUUGAACAUGUUGAUUCUGUAAGUUUCAAUUUACCAUGGACACACAGAAUUGGACUUUGUUAGCUAAUGUUCCUUCAUGACUAGCAGCAUGGGUUCUGCAUUUGAGAUGAUUAUGUCUGAUUGAUUGAAGAAAAACAUGCAGUCAUAGAUAAUUAGUGUGGUUGUAAUUAGAAUCUAUUUAGAGAAGUUUGUUUGUGAAUUAACUUGUUUGCUGUUUAUGAGAUGCUUUUGCGUUUUAGUAAGAGCAUCUGGAAUGAUUGUUUAUUUAAUUAAGAAGUUGUAAAUAUUAUUGUAAAUUAAAUAUUGUCACUAGCAGUAAUUGUAUUGAAAGGCUUUUGAAAUACAGUUUUGUAAAUGCAAAAUUAAAUUUCGAAGACUGAAUAUGUAGAGUAAUGAUGUUAAUAAUUGAUUAAAAAAGUGUACACAUACCUAA